AUUGUGGUUGUCAGCCCAAAACCCUCUAAAUAUAUAUUAAAUGCAUCUUACCAGAUAUAAAAUGACUACUACAUAAUCUGUGGUAAUCGUUUGGAGCCUAGUUUUCUCGUCGAAUUGCAGCAGCCCAUCUCGCUCUCUUCUCUCCGGGUCUCUCGGAAUCCGGUAGAACUUCAAGUCUCUCCGUCUUCUCCAUCUAUCUUCUCUGUUAUUGCAACCGACCGCCACACACGCCUUCACCAUUUUGAUUAUUAAUUUUAACGAGCAGAAAAACACGUCGUAAAUAGGAAGAAUGUACGUAGCCGUAACAGGGAAACAUGAUGUGUUGACGGACAAUUGGGCGGCACCAGUCAGGAGGAAGGAGUUGUGACGUCACGUGGGUAGGUCUAUAUAGAACUAGAUGCGAACUGUCGGGGUUGCCGGCGUUAGAAACCGGCGGCCAUCUUAAAGCAGUGGAGGUCUCUCAAAGUGUGGAAGUAUUAUUCGAACACGGAAAGCUCUACUGUAUGCCGCUAAAAUACUUUGAACUCUGCGAAAUCUUGACGGUUUGUCAAAGGUUUGGUUUACUAAAAAGAUUCUAUUGUCCAGGCUGUAACAAAGCGCGCAUUUGGCAUCCAAUUCUAUGAAAAUGCCCCGAUUCGACACCUCGAGCAAGGCACCGACGUGAUGCUGCGCGCGCGCAUGCGCAGUGAGUCCCCCCCGCCCCACCGGGAAGGAACGCGUUGCGUCCGCGGACGGGAGGGAAGGAAGGAAGGAAGGAAGGAAGGAAGGCAGGCAGGCAGGCAGGCAGGCAAGCACUGGCAGCCCUAAUGGCGGAGAAUGUGCGCUCGCCUUUCGACUACCGGGAACCACCGACGCUCGAUAGCGACGGGGACGGCGGCAAACCGCCGCCGUCGCGGGGCCGGGCGUGUGGAAGAAAACGGAAGGGGACGCCGGUGAAGGUGUGCGACCGAGCGUACGUGACGGAAGACGAGGAGGAGGAAAGCACGUCCGAGCACAGCUACGGCCCCGGUGACGGCCAAUACCCGGAGGGCGCCGAGGACGGCCUCCGUCCCCCGGGGAGUCCCUACUACUUAACGGAUCCCGCUCAGCUCUGCGUGCCAGAGCUGGGCGAGGAAGGGGCGGGCGGCGUCCGGGGACCCGUGCUUUUCCACCCGCCGCCCAAUUGCAGGAUACGCGAGGUGCACUGCGGGACUCAGGUGCGGCUGGUGGUCAUAGCGAUCCGAGACAUCGCCAAAGGAGAGGAGAUCACCGUGGACUAUAGCUUAACAGACUGGGGCGACAACGCAAUGGACGAGGACGCCGGCCCCCACCCGCUGUCUCUCUCCGUUUCGGAUUACCUCACCCCCUCCUGGUCGCUGUCGCCCUCUUCCUCGCCGCCGACCCACUCCGAGCCCAGCGACUCGGACCGCGAGGAGGACGAAGAGGAGGAAGAGGACGAGGAUGACGAAGAGGAGGAAGAGGAGGAGGAGGAGGAGGAAGAAGACGCGGAGGAGAUGCGAGGCCGUCUGCUUCGACGCCGCAAGAAGCGCAAGAUUCCCCCUGUGUUGGGCUCCAAGAAAAAGGCCGCGCCCGCCUCCUCCCGGGGGCCGGGGCGCCCUUGCUCGUCCUUCUCGGCGCCGCCCCCCCGGUCCGUAGCGGUCGGGGUCCCGGCCCCGGGGACCACCAACAUCAACAAUAACAUCAACAUAAACAUCGGCGGCUCCGGCGGCGCUCCGGGGAGCCGGCGCCAGCAUUGUUUGUACUGCGGGCGCCACUAUCGCUCGUUGGCGCGCCACCUGGAGAAGCAUCACGCCAACCAACCCGAGGUGCGCGCCGCCAUGGAGCUGGCGCACCUCCGCGCGCAUUCCAACGGCAACCUCCCUACCGCCUCGGGGGCUCACGCUCAUUCCUUCGCCGUCCCGCAGACGUCGGCGUCCGUCCCCGCGCCCUCUCUCUUCGCCAGGGAGCGGGACUCGCCGGGUGCCCGCUCGGGCUCCGUUUCUUUCUCCCUCUCCCUGUCGCCCCCCGUCCAGACGAAGCCGGCGCGAGGCUCUCCGCCGCCGAGCGCCAGGCGUGCUGCGCCGCCGCCGCGCCGGGUGAACAGCCCCGUGCCGCCGCCGCCGUCCCCUCCCAGGAGAGGUCGCAGGAUGAAGAGGGAGAAGCCGGAAGAGCGGCAAAAGGUGGAGGCGGACGGGGUCCAAGCGGAUCUGGCUCCGCCCCCGACGCCGGAGCCAGACAUCGAUCCGGAAGAAGAUUUAGAUCUGAGCGCGGACGGUGACGCGGCGGAGGAUAAAAAUAGCGAGUCGGCCAGGCCACGGCGGCACCACGCGUUGCUGUCGUCGCUGUCGUCACUGGUGGCGUACGUCCGGGAGCGGCAGCGCGCGGCCUUCCUGUCGUUGGGCCGCACGCGGUCGGCGGAGGCCUGGCGUCAGUUGUGCCACGCCAGCCUCUCGCUGCUCAUCCUCUACAACCGCCACCGCGAGUGCGAGGUGGCCAAGCUCACCGUCCGGGACUACCGCAAGCGCGCCCUGCCCAAGGAAGGCCCCCCCUCGGGCGCCGAGGCCCUCCUGUCGCCCUUCGAGCGCAGGGUCCUCUGCCACCUCCCGAGGGUGGGCGUCACGGGGAAGCGCGGCCGCGUCCAGCCCCUCAUCCUGCCGCCCGACUGCGAGUCCUGCAUCGAGCAUCUCCUUCGAACCGCCGCCGACGCGGGCGUGGACCCCGAGAGCCCCUACGUCUUCUCCCGCCCCUACCACUCCCCCGCCACCCCGCUCCGUGGCACGGACCUUUUGAGGAACCUGGCGCGAGCCAGCGGCGUCGAGAACCCCGGGGCCGUCACCGGCGCCGGGGUCCGCCGGCAAGUGGCAAUCCUCACGCAGCUCCUGCUCCUGGACGAGGGCGCGUCGCGAGGCGCCGCCCUUAAACGCUUGGAGAACUUCUUGGAGACGGAGUUCCACGUGACGCAGAACUGCUCGUCCAUCCCCGGGGACGCCGCCUUAAUGGCGCGGGUGGGCCGCGUGGUCCUUUACGGCGAGAAGGAGGGCGUGCUCUUCCGCGGCAUGAGCCUGCAGCACAUCUGUCUGGAGCUGGACGUCAUGUCCGGCAACUCGCCGGACUCCUUCUCGGAAGACUCGGAGGCGGAGGACGUGAAGGCCGUGAAGGUGCCGGAAAAGGCGGAGGCGGUCGUGAAGAAGAAAGGCCCCGGUAGACCCCCGAAGAAGAAGAGGGCACCCCCUCCCGCGGCGGUCGGUCCGGCGCUCGCCGGUGCCCCGAAACGGAGGUCGCUCCCACCCAAAUCGGGGAAGCGCGGCGUGCUAAAGCGUCCCUGGUCGGAGGCCGAGCGCGUGGCCGUGGAGACUCACCUCAAGCGCAACUUGGCCGAGCUGCGCGUGCCCGCCAAGGCCGACUGCGAGCGCUGCCUGGAGCUCUGUCCUCUGCUCGUCAGCAAUCAGCGCGACUGGCGCGCCAUCAAAUUCUACGUGCACAACCGCAUCCAGCUGCUCAAGAAGCAGGGCCGGCGGGAGAGCGCCGCCUUGGCUGCCGCCGCCGCCGCAGCCACAGUCUGCUGAAGCGGCGGCUAAGGUGGGAACCGCCAGCAAAACCUAUCUGGCGGCUGGCAUCGGCGUACAAGUCACACACACAAAAAGCCAAAGAAAAAAGUGGCGCUUGACUUUUGGGUGUGGCAAUGUGCCAUCUGGACAAACUGCACAUAUUGUAGCAUAACAUGAGAGCCAUUUUGAUGACCAAACAUGAAUGUUUAAAGCAGGGCUUCUCAAGCGAAGGACAUCUGGUUGUGUUUUCAGAAUGACAACAAGUGCAAACUUGAACUUUCCAUCUGGAAAACCCGACUUUUUGGCUCGCGUGGAGAAACGCCGCAUCGACACGUCCGUUUUUGUCUUUGUACGAGGCAAUACCGACGCCUGCGUUUUAUCGCCCUAUCCUUCCCAUACCGGUAUCGCUCCCACGCUACUACUCACACAGUUGACGUGAAACUGAAUCAUCGUGUGACCCAGUGGUCGGGAGUCGCUGCUUUAAAGGCCCACACGCGAGUCAACGGAUAUUAUUUGAUGUGUUGACGUAUUAGUAUAUUAAAAAGGUGUGACAGAAGCGUGCCAUCUAAAAAAAGUUGCCGAUAUUAUUCACCUGACAAAUCUUGUAAUUAUUCUAUGGCUGUGAUCUUGAUGUUUUUGUCUUCUCUGUACAUUGCUGUAGAUA